AUGAUGGGGAAGGAUCCCACGUCCCCCCCUGGCUCCGCGCUGCCCGGCUUCCUCACGCUCUGCCUCCUGCUGUGGGCUCCCAGGCUGGCCCCAGCACAGUUCACAGUGACAGGAAGUGAAUGCCCCAUCGCCGCCUCCCUGGGUGGGGAGGCCGUCCUGUCCUGCCACCUCUCCCCCCGGAUGAGCGCCGAGAGCAUGGAGGUGAGGUGGUUCCGAUCCCGGUUCUCUGCAGUUGUGCAUGUGUACCGCGACGGGCAGGACCAGUUCGGAGAGCAGAUGCCGGAGUACCGAGGGAGAACGGAGCUCUUGAAAGACAACAUCACCGACGGGAAAGUUUCCCUGAGAAUACGCGAUGUCCGGCCCUCCGACGAGGGGCAGUACACGUGUUUGUUCCAGUCCAGUGUCUCUCAUGAGGAUGCUUCAUUGGAACUGCAGGUGGCAGAGCUGCUUUUCCCGAGGGUGAACCCCUGGAUGGUGACUCUCGGUGUGAUCCUGGCUCUUUUGUUUGUUCUCAUCACCCUGGCCAGUUACUGCUUCUGGAGGCAGCACCGAGAGAAAGGCAAACUCCAGGUGGAGCUCG